GGCGUGCCGACAGGGCCUCUGGGAAUAGUGACGUCGAUUGAAUAACCGCCAAUCAGCGUGAACCGCAUUAAUUAACGAGUAGUGACCGCACUCUGGUUACCACGGUGAGACGGCGGGUGAUUGAACACAGACGGUGUUUAGUUGCGGACAUUCGUUCAUACUUGUUUAUUUAUCACAAACGAUGGCUCAACUACCUGUAAAUCCUAUUUUCAACUUUUCUUGGCACGCGCUAACGUUAGGGGACAGGAAAUUAGAUGACAAUGAAAGAGACAGGAAGUUGAAUAUGUUCAUGUACAACAUAUCCUCAUCAUCAUAUGGAGAGAAGGUUUACAAGCCACCGACUGAGACUCUACCCUGUAGCUUCCAUGGAAAAUCGAAUGAAUUCUCAGAGCAUCUUCGAAAAAUUGGAAUGUACCGAGAUUAUUCGAUGAAUAUGAGGAAAGACAGCAGUCGAGUCUAAAGCCAAUUGUUUCAUCGUUUAUUUGGAAAGUUAUCGUAUCUUGUAAAUAGUUGAGAAUGGGAUAAG